AUGGGUAGUUAUCAAGGCACAUUCCUUCGCAUAUACGAGCGCAAGCUUGCUCUAGUAACGGGAUCCGCACGGAGUAAGUCCGACAUUGGCUCCUCAGACAUCCCAUACUCAUUGUCUUCCAGGUAUCGGAGCCGCAAUAGUCCAGAACUGGCCAGCAAGGGCUGCGAUGUGUUUAUCAACUAUGCAACCGAGGCCUCCGACGCAUCCGCAGUAGUACUCGCCGCCAACCUCGAAAAGGAAUACUCAGUGGGCGCAUUGCCCAUUCGAGCAGACAUUACUUCCGCGAAAGAGCAUUUCACCGACUCGCAAACAGGAUCUUUCCAAAUCAACAUCAUCGUUCACAACGCCGCGGUGCUAUACCUCGGCCCACUCGAAUCAGUCAUAGAAUCCGAGUUCCAUCGAAUCUAUGAAUUAAAUGUUCUUGGUCCGAUUCUACUCACCGGUGUGUGGUGUUGUGAGCUGGCUGAGAGAGCCACCGUCAACUCGAUCAACCCUGGUCCUGUCAUGACGGAUAUGUAUAUGUCUGCCCCUGAUGCAGUCAAAAAGGAACUUGCAUUGUGGAAUCCUCUCACUCCAUUGGGGGCUGUUCGGAAGACUGACAGCCCGGAGGUGAAGGAGCUGGGAAAGAAGUUUGGAGGGAGAGCGGCGUAUGCUGAGGAGAUUGCUGGGUUGGUUGCGACGAUCUGUAAUCAUUAG